AUGGCAACUUCGAUCACAACAUUCAGUGGAUUGAGAUGCACCAGGAUUCCGAGGACGCAGUUCUUUACGGCUACGGCGACGUCGACGUCGACGUCGGCUGCCACGGAAACCCCUGCCGCUGCACUUCCUGACGUCUUAUCAUCUUUCAGUACGACUACCGUUCAAGACACGUCUAGUACGAGUCUUUUAUCUUCAAUAAUUUCACAACAGACGGACUCAAGUCCUUCGGAGCCCACAUCAAGUCUCGCUUCAUUUGUGACUACGGCUGUAGCCGCGUCCAGUACGCUCACUGCAGCGGCCACGAUUCUACCUGCGGUAACAUCACCAGCAGAUCCUUCAUCGUCAGAUUCUUCAUCGUCAGAUCCUUCCUCAUCAGAUAACAGCUCGGCGGAUUCAUCGGGAGACUCUUCUAAAGGAAAAGUCAUUGCAGCUGCCGUUGGGGCCUCUUUAGGUGCCGUGGCCAUUGUGGCAUUGUUCAUUCUCUGUGCAUACAUCACCCGACGUAAACGACGUACCCCAUCUCAAAUAGGUGAUAGAGAAAAGGAUCCUGGAACGACCGGACGGUUUUCGGGGAUUACACAGCUGAUUGAUAAGAUCAGAUCGGGACCAGGGACAGCAUUCAUACCUGCUGUUGUCGAUAAAGUUCGACCGGCUUUAGCACGCGUCCGGAAUUUUCGAUCUACGAGUCGAGAAGCACCUAACGAUACACCAGCUGAGCAAACACAAACUGAACCUUUUAGAAGAGGAUCAUCUCCUGGCUGGCCGUUUCCACAUCAAGAUCGAAUGCAGGAGCAAGACAUAACGUCUGCUCCACGGAUAAUGCCAGAACCGACCAAUCCUUUUGCAGAUCCUCCUGCUUCAGUCAACAUAGCAACAAACAGAAAUGAUUACAGACCAGAGAAUCCAUUCACAGAUCCUGCAAAACUUCCUCCAGUCAACAUAGCACCAAACCGAAAUAAUAAUGAACAACCAGAAAACCCGUUCGCUGACUCUGAAGACCCGUUCUCUCAUUCGGAUUAUGAAGAUGAGCCUGCAUUCACAAUGCCGCUGACAAUACGCAAUGGUGAUGCGGACCGCAACGAUAUCGUAGAUGAUAAUACCAACGAUAACGACAACAAUAGAGGCCAACAUAGCAAUCGAAGUACCCUAAGCGGCUCAACCUACAUACCAAACAGUCGUGCAUCUUCACCCUUGGUGUACGAUUUCAAUUUCUUAACCUGGAAGUCAGACGGAAAACUCGAAGAUAGAAGCAGCACAUACAGCGAUCCAUUUGAUUUAGAGAGACCACCCACAAUUCACUCAUCGGCCUUUCCGACACCUAUGGUGGAACGACAAAAGUCUCAAAAGGGGGGAUAUUUCCCGGAGAUGAAUCAAAACAUUCCACAGUAUAUUUCGUGA